AUAUGAAGGAUAUGAAGUAUAUUCCACUAGAACGUCAUUUUGCACGACUAUUGUCCGCAAAGAGGAAUACUAAGGAUCUGAAAUACGCUCCUUUGCAACGUUUCGUUGAGCUUUCUCCUCCCGAAGAAACGAAGAGAUCUGAUGGUGGAGGAAGAGGGAUCUGCAAUCUACUACCCGACAGUGGAAUGUGCAUGGCCAUGAUGCCAAGGUUCUACUUUGAGGCUAGUGAUGGAACCUGCAAAUCCUUUAUCUACGGCGGAUGUCGCGGGAACGAAAAUAACUUCGCAACUGAACGGGAAUGCCUGGAGACAUGUGCUUAG